AUGUCUAUUCCAUUAGUGGAAAAUAAAUUAUCCUUUUCUGUUGUACCACCAGUUUCUUUACAUGUAAGAGAUUUAUCUAUUAUUGCAUCGAAAACAGGGAGUACUUUAGUCAACUCAGUUUCUUUUGAUUUAUCAAACGGUUCUAUCAUGGCUGUCAUGGGUGGUUCAGGUUCAGGUAAAACUACUUUAUUGAAUGUUCUAGCUUCUAAGAUUAGUGGUGGUUUAUCCACAAAGGGAACCAUUGAUUAUGUUUUAGAACCGGUGCAAGAUAAAGAGUUGACACAAGAACAUACUACCAUGUCUUAUGUUCCACAACAAGAUAUUUUAUUGUCAAGAUUAACUUGCAGAGAGACAUUAAUGUUUGCCGCAGAUCUAAAAUUAGAUAAACCUAACGAAGAAAAAACAAUGAUUGUUAAUCAACUGAUAGACGAAUUAGGAUUAAAGGAAUGUGCAGAUACACUAGUUGGUGAUAGUUCUCAUAGGGGUUUAUCGGGUGGUGAAAAGAGAAGAUUAAGUAUCGGAACACAAAUGAUUGCAAACCCUUCAAUAAUGUUCUUGGAUGAACCUACUACUGGAUUAGAUGCUAAUUCUGCAUUUUUAUUAAUAAAAACAAUUAAAAAAUUAGCUAAGGAAGGUGGUAGAAUAUUUAUUAUGUCAAUUCAUCAACCAAGAUCUGAUAUUUUGUUUCUAUUUGAUAAGAUAUGCGUUUUGUCUAAGGGAAAUGUAGUAUAUUGUGAUAAAUUACAACAAAUGAUUCCUUAUUUUGAAUCACUUGGUUAUAAAAUGCCAGAAUUAAUCAAUCCUGCAGACCAUAUCGUUGAUCUAUCUAGUAUUGAUGGAAGAUCAACGGAAUCUGAAAAAAUUACAAGGGAGAGACUGUACAAUUUGUUAGAUCAAUGGAGAGAUUAUGAAAUGAAGCAUAUACAAUACACUAAAUUAAAUAAUCUUUCAAAUCGUAUCGAAGUUUCUGAAAUGACUACGGCUUUACCCUUUUGGAAACAGGUAUUUGUACUUACUAGGAGAAAUCUUAAAUUAAAUACAACUGAUUACAUCACAUUGUCAGCAACAAUAAUAGAACCAAUCAUAAUGGGAACAAUUGUUGGUUGGAUCUUUUACAAGCCGGACGGUUCUACGGAUUCAGGAUUGAGAACAUUGACCGCAUGCUUAUAUGCUUGUAUUAUGUUACAAUCUUAUCUAUAUCUUUUAUUUGAUACAUAUAGACUUUGUGAACAAGAUAUUGCUAUAUUUGAUAGAGAAAGAGCUGAAGGCUCGGUGUCUCCCUUUGCAUUUAUCACUGCUCGAAAGAUUUCUCUAUUAUUUACUGAUGAUUUCUAUAUGACACUGGCAUUUACUACAAUCACAUAUUUCAUGUUUGGUUUAGAACCUAAUGCUGUUAAAUUUUUUACACAGUUCUCUGUCAUGUUUUUAAUUCAAUUGGCAUGUUCUGGUUUAGCAAUGCUUUCAGUUGCUAUCUCCAGAGAUUUUUCAAAGGCAUCAUUAGUUGGUAAUAUGACAUUUACUGUACUCUCAAUGGGGUGUGGUUUUUUUGUUAAUGCCAAAAAAAUGCCGGUAUAUGUACGUUGGACCAAAUAUAUUGCAUUUUCAUGGUAUGGUUUUGGUGCACUCCUAUCAAAUACGUUUACUGAUAACUAUUGUUCCAGUAUAUCUGAUAAGACUACCUGCUUAGGAAAUCAAUUAUUAGAGACAUUUGGUUUCGAAAAAAAUUGGAAAACGGUUCCAAUUGUUAUUAUUUUUUGUUUUGCAGUGGGAUAUUUUGUUGCAUCGAUGGUUGUUCUAUAUUUUAACAAAGUCGAUAUCACGUUACAGAAUGAAAUAAAAUCAAAGAAAAAAAAAGAAAAGGACAAACAGUAUUGUCCAGAGGAUAUAUAUAAAAACAUUGAUGCACCUUUAACUCAUACAUCCAAAACUUCAGAUAAAGAUAUUGAAUCAAACUCUGAAAAAAAUUACCAAAUAGAAAUAACCUUAGAAGACAUUCAUUUGUCUGUCAACUAUUUGCGGUUGGCAAAUUUUUUAAAUUUGAAAGAAGGCAUUAUUUAUUAUACUCAACGGAAAAUUCUAAAUUCUAUUAAUGCAGUUUUCAAACCAGGGAUGAUAAAUGCUAUCAUGGGUCCUUCAGGUUCAGGAAAAUCCACAUUAUUAAACUUAAUAUCUGGUAGAGUAAAAUCUUCUUUAUUUACAAAAUUUACAAGCAAUGGGGCAAUAUACUUCAAUGGGUAUAAAGUAUCACAGGAUAUGUUUAAAAAUAUUUGUUCUUAUGUCUCUCAAGAUGAUGAUCAUUUGUUAGCUAAACUUACUGUAAAAGAAACAUUUGACUAUGCAGCAAAGUUAAGAUUACAUAAUCUGACACCUCUUCAACGUGAACUAAAAGUAAAUGACUUAAUAAGAUUACUUGGCUUGAAACAUUGUGAAAAUACAAUUAUUGGUAAUGAAUUUGUUAAAGGUAUUAGUGGUGGAGAGAAAAGAAGAGUGACAAUGGGCAUACAACUUUUGAAUGAUCCACCAAUACUUUUAUUGGAUGAGCCAACUUCAGGGCUAGAUAGUUUUACAUCAGCAACUAUAUUACAAAUUCUUGAAAAUCUUUGCACAAAGUAUAAAAGAACCGUUAUAUUAACAAUUCAUCAGCCAAGAUCAGAACUAUUUACAAAAUUUGGUAAUGUCCUACUUUUAGCAAAAGGUGGUCAAAUUGCAUUCAAUGGAUCACCUCAAGAAAUGAUCCAAUAUUUUUCAAACUUAGGGUAUCACUGUCCACCUUUAACAAAUAUUGCCGAUUACUUUUUAGACUUGAUAUCUUUUAAUACCCAAAAUAAAGAAAAUGAAUAUGUAUCAAAACAAUGUGUUGAAAGAAUAUUAGAUAAUUGGAAAAAAAUUACUAAUCAAAAAAAUACCCAAAUCCAAACUAAUUCACAUGAUGAAAAACAGUCGGAAAUUAUAUAUGAAAAUUUUAAAUUCGAAUAUCAGAAUUGUAUUAAAAAACAAUGUAGUCCAUUAUUGGCUUAUUAUGUUAAUGUCAGUAGACAAAUAACCACAAUAGGGAGAAAUUUUGAUUCAUUAAUGGCUAGAAUUGCUCAAGUACCGGGGCUAGGUGCUAUUUUUGCACUAUACUUUGCGCCUAUAAAGCAUAAUUAUACAAGUAUUAGUAAUCGUCUAGGUUUAGCCCAAGAAUCUACAUCAUUAUAUUUUGUUGGUAUGUUGGCAAAUUUAGCCUGUUAUCCUGGGGAAAGAGAUUAUUUUUAUAAAGAAUUUGAGGAUAAUGUAUAUGGUAUUGGUCCGUUCUUCCUAUCAUAUAUGACACUAGAAUUACCAUUGACAUUUAUUUCAUCAGUGUUGUAUUCUGUUUUUACUGUAUUAGCAUGUGGAUUACCAAGAACAGCUGGAAAUUUUUUUGCUACAGUAUACUGUUCUUUUAUUGUUAUAGCAUGUGGGGAAGCAUUAGGUAUUAUGACUAAUACCUUAUUUGAAAGACCUGGAUUUGUUGUUAAUUGUAUAUCUGUUAUUUUAUCUAUCGGUUGUCAAUUAUCUGGUAUAAUGUCACUUACGAUGUCUAGAGUCUUGAAAGGUUUCAGCUAUCUGAAUCCAGUUCAUUAUACUUCAAUGGUUAUUAUUAAUUUAGCCUUCCCUAAUACAUUAAAUUUAACUUGUAAUGAUGGAGGUAAAAAGGAGGAUGGAACUUGUGAAUUUGCAACUGGAAAAGAUGUUCUGGAAUCGUAUGGAUUGGUGAUAAAUGUGCCAAAAUACUUAGGUAUUGCCAUAUGUGUUGGCAUCAUUUACAGAUUAUUGGCCUACUUUGUAAUAAAAGCUAAAUUAGAAUGGCUAAAAUGGUGA